AUGGCCAUUCUCAAACCCAUCGCUCUCGCUACCUUGGCUCUGGCUGCCCACUCAACAGCCCAGUCCACAAAUCCAGGCGUAGGAUCCAACCCCAAAGCCACCGGAGCAACCGAAGAUGUCACAUCAACCACAGGUCCAAACGGAUCCGAAGAUUGGCUCAACACAGGCAUCACCGGCGAUGGUUGGAACCCACCCUUCCUCUCCAUAGACGACGUCUACCAUGUCUCCCUGGACAAUUUCUACAAUGGAAUAGGCUCGGCAUGCAAGCAAUACGACGGGUACUUCCAAAGCGCCGGGUCCAAAUACAGCGUGGACCCAGUAAUCCUAGCCGUCAUCGCAAUGCAAGAGUCAUCCUGCAACGCAAACGCCGGCGGUCCCACGCCGGGAUUGAUGCAAGUGUCCUGCGAGAACUAUCCCAAUGGCCAGUGUACGGAUUCCAUCCAGGACAAUGUUGAUGCGGGGACCCACUAUCUCGCUUCGCAGCUGGAUGCGUCGGGUGGGAACGCUAUUAAGGCGUUUGGAUCCUAUAACGGAUGGUUUACUAAGGGUAGUGGAUUGAAUGGUAAUAAGGGGCUUACGCAGGAUUAUCCUUGUUCAGCGGAGGGUAAGUCUAACGGCGUACCACAGAACUUGGAUUAUCUGCAUCAGGUUAUGAAUGGGUGGUUGAUGGGGUUGGACGUUUAUGGUGCUGAUAAUUGGAUUGGGACUUACAAGUGUGAUCAGUCUUGUGAUAACGGCAGUCUAUGCUAG